GGAAGUUGGAGGGAAAGCGGAGAGGACAGGGCACGGCUGGGGCUGGUCAUUCCGGAGAUCUCGGUCCCCCAGUGGCCGCAUCACCCUGGGGGAGUUGAUCGUUCGGGGGGAAUGAGAGAUGCCGAUGCGCUGAGCGGGGUCCAGGGCCAGGUGUCAGGGUCGUGCCACCCAGCCGGUCUCUCCCCGGAGGUGUGGUUUCUCACCUGGAAAGGGAAGUGGGAAUGGUGGGACCCUUUCGCUGCUGGCUGGGAGGACUCGAGGCACGUGUGAUGUAGUCAUGAAGACUGCUGUUGGCCGGUUAUUCCUGUUCUCCUUGAGCUGUAGAUUCACGCCUACAUUUCCCUCCGUUGGGUUCGCUGCCUCCGCGUGCGUGUGCAUCGCACACAUUCCCGGAGCUUAGGCGGGACCUUGGAGCCAAGCCCGAGAGCGCGCCGCGUACCUUGUGUUGUCAUCCUCAAGACCUGUCUUUCCGAAACCCGGGAACAGGUGUAAAGGAGCGAAGUUACUUGCCUAGACGCAGAGCCAAUCCAAGGAAUUGUGGGAGGUGCUUCAGUGAAGAAAUGGACCAGUGUGUAUAAUCAUGGAGUCUCCUUGCUAACCAUCACCACCUGCUCUCCCUGAUACGUGAGAGAGAGUGGGUCUGGGGAGAAGGAAAGAGGUCAACAUGAAGCUGAAGCAGCGAGUCGUGUUGUUAGCAAUUCUCCUUGUCAUCUUUAUCUUCACCAAAGUUUUCCUGAUUGACAACUUAGAUUCAUCGGCUGCCAACCGGGAGGACCAGAGGGCUUUUCACCGAAUGAUAGCUGGCUUGCGGGUGGAGCUGGCAUCCAAGCUGGACCACACCUUGCAGUCUCCCUGGGAGAUUGCAGCCCAGUGGGUGGUUCCCCGGGAAGUGUAUCCUGACGAGACACCCGAGCUGGGGGCAAUCAUGCAUGCCAUGGCCACCAAAAAAAUCAUUAAAGCUGAUGUGGGUUACAAAGGGACACAGCUGAAAGCCUUACUGAUACUUGAAGGAGGACAGAAAGUUGUCUUCAAACCUAAGCGGUAUAACCGAGACUACGUGGUAGAAGGCGAACCCUAUGCUGGUUAUGACAGACACAAUGCAGAGGUGGCAGCCUUUCACUUGGACAGGAUUCUGGGUUUUCGCCGAGCCCCGCUGGUGGUUGGCAGAUUUGUUAAUCUUCGGACAGAGAUCAAGCCUGUGGCCACGGAGCAGCUCUUGAGCACCUUCCUAACUGUAGGAAAUAAUACUUGUUUCUAUGGGAAGUGUUAUUACUGCCGAGAAACAGAGCCAGCUUGUGCCGACGGAGACAUGAUGGAGGGAUCUGUUACCCUCUGGCUUCCAGAUGUGUGGCCUCUGCAAAAACACCGACACCCCUGGGGCAGGACUUACCGAGAGGGCAAACUGGCCAGGUGGGAGUACGAUGAGAGCUACUGUGACGCAGUGAAGAAAACAUCCCCUUAUGACUCUGGCCCGCGUCUCUUGGAUAUCAUUGACACGGCUGUUUUUGAUUACCUGAUUGGCAAUGCUGACCGCCAUCAUUAUGAGAGUUUUCAAGACGAUGAGGGUGCCAGUAUGCUCAUCCUUCUCGAUAAUGCCAAAAGCUUUGGGAACCCCUCGCUGGAUGAGAGAAGCAUUCUUGCCCCUCUCUAUCAGUGUUGCAUCAUUCGGGUUUCUACCUGGAAUAGACUGAAUUACCUAAAGAAUGGUGUGCUGAAGUCUGCCUUAAAAUCUGCCAUGGCCCAUGACCCCAUCUCCCCAGUGCUGUCCGACCCACACCUGGACGCUGUGGACCAGCGGCUCCUGAGUGUCUUGGCCACUGUGAAGCAGUGCACGGACCAGUUUGGGAUGGACACUGUGCUGGUGGAAGACAGGAUGCCUCUCUCUCACUUGUAAUUUGCAGCACAGAAUAACUGAAACUUCUUUUUACAAAGAUAGAGAAACAGCACAAUCGAUUCCAAAUGGUAUGAGAUGGAUUGGAAAUGUCCGGCAGCAAGUUCUGGUGAUGGGACAGAGUGGCCUUGGAUUUCAUUGUUUUCCAUCGUAGAAACUGAAGUGAGGACUGUUAGCUCAGAACAUGGAAUAUUCUGCUGAGUUAGCUGACGUCCUCGGCCCUUGCCCAUUCUAGUGGGCAUCGCAGUUGGUCAGUCUUAAGUCUCAUGCCAAAGGACAACAGGUGUGACGUUUGGAUAGGUUCAUGCUGGGAUUGGUUCUGGAGUGGGUAUUUGGAGUUCAUUCUGACCAUACCUGUGGAUUUUCUGAGAACACUUUGCAAUCUCUUGAGUCCUUUUUUACCAGGACUAGUCAAAUUGAGAAUAUUAUUGCCUCCUGAGGAGUGGCAGCAAGUAAAACCUGGCAUUUUGUGGAGCCAAAGGAGCAGGUUCUGUUGGAGGGGGUAUGUUUAGAGGGAGAACAAAAGCAGGAAAGAUGUUUGGGCUUUUCAGCAAUUAGGCAGCAGCACUUUUGAUGAUUCUUGGAGGAGAGAAGAAGGGAGAGAGAAGGUGACCGGAAUCAGGGAGAUGACUGGAUUAGCGAAAGCAGGUUCCCCUGGGUUUUAUUUAAGUUCUUAAGGUGUAUAAAAGCUAAUGUGACUUGUACCUGAGUAAAGUUUGCGUUCUCACAGCUGUGUUUCAAUUAACCAAAAA